CUUUCGGGCGCUCGGCGAGGUCGGAGCGUGGUCCCCAAGGCCCAGAGUCGCCAUGGGCCGCCGUCCGGCACGAUGUUACCGGUACUGCAAGAACAAACCCUACCCCAAGUCCCGCUUCUGCCGGGGGGUCCCUGACCCCAAAAUCCGCAUCUUCGACCUGGGGAGGAAGAAGGCGAAGGUGGACGAGUUCCCCCUGUGCGGGCACAUGGUGUCGGACGAGUACGAGCAGCUCAGCUCCGAGGGUAAGGGGGGCUUUUUAGGGGGUCCCCGGGGAUUUGAGGGGGGGGUUGGGGUCGUUUUGGGGUCCCCCCCUGCAGCCAGUUAAGCCGACCACGACCCC